AUGGCGCUGCAGCUGGAUAAGGCGACUCUGCUAUCCCGGAGGGCAACGAUGAUCACCGCGCUGGGUCGGGCAGAGGCGUUCGUGAACUCCUUCGACGAGCAACGCGAUCGGAUGCAGGUGCCCAUUCGCCUCGAGUACCUGAACAACAUGUGGGCCACAUUGGAGGAGGUGCAGGGGCAGCUAGAGGACAUCGAAGACGGCGAUGAAGGUAGGCAAGAGAAUGCUAAUGUCCGUGCCGAGUUUGAGCCUCGGCUCUUUAGAAUAAAAGCCGACUUGAUCUCCAAACUUCCUGUUGUCACUCAGCAAGCUCGCAUCCCUGAAUCCUCUUCGCACAAUUCCGCUCUCUCUGGGUUGAAGCUUCCUACAAUUUCGCUUCCUGAAUUCGACGGGGACUAUAUGCAGUGGCUAGGGUUCCAUGACACAUUCUUGGCUUUGAUCCACUCUAACGCCGAGGUUCCAGCGAUUCAGAAAUUCCAUUACCUGAGGGCAGCUUUGAAGGGUGAAGCGGCACAGCUGAUUGAAUCUAUCGCGAUCAGUUCUGCAAAUUACAAUCUGGCAUGGCAAACGUUGGUUGACAGGUACGCCAACGACUACCUGUUAAAAAAGCGACAUCUGCAGGCUCUUUUUGAGGUUCAAUCGGCGAAGAAGGAAACUGCUGCGUCAUUGCACACGCUGGUGGACGAAUUCCAGCGCCAUACAAAGAUUUUGUGUCAACUAGGCGAACCAACGGAUUCCUGGAGCAGCAUCCUGGAGCAUCUUCUGUGUACGAAGCUUCCCAACGAUACGCUCAAGGCUUGGGAAGAUCACGCAUCAACCACCAACGAACCAAACUACAACUGCCUGAUCGAGUUUCUUCAGCGUCGUAUGCGAGUUUUGGAAUCCAUCUUGGUGAACCAUCAUCAGCUUGCAUCCACUUCGAAUGAGUCCACUUAUGCUUCCAGGAAGCCAUCGCAUUUUCGCCUCUCAUCUUGUGCUUCCACUUCUACUUCUGGUAGCAAAUGUCCGGCUUGCAACCAGGAACAUCCGUUGAUGAAAUGUGAGAAAUUCAACCAACUUUCCCAGUCCGAACGACAGCAACUCGUUUCAAAUAAACGUUUGUGCCACAACUGCCUGAAGGGUGGCCACAUUGCUCGAAAUUGUCCUUCGAACUACAACUGCAGGCACUGCAACAAGCGUCACCACACCAUGCUGCAUUCCGGCGAGAAUUCAAGGCCAGCAAGCGAGUCAUCUUCCGUUCGUACUUCUAUGCCGACUCAAGCCAUUCAGUCUAGCGCUUCUUCUGUGCCCGAGCCAGCCUCCCAAUCCACCGUUGCAGCAGCUGAAAGUAUUUCCCGGGUCGUUGUCAGUGCUUCUGCUCCACAGCCUCGAGAAGACGUUUUCCUUUUGACGGUGUUGGUGAAGGUCGUUGAUGCGUACGGUCAAGAUCACAUUGCUCGCGCUUUGCUCGACAGCGCUUCUCAGCCGAAUUUAAUUACUGAUCGCUUGGCACGCAGGUUGCAUUUGAAGAGGAGUUCUGUGAACGUGAUCAUUCAGGGGGCUGGUAAUCUUUCGAAGAAGGUGCGAGAAUCAAUCUUCGCUCGAAUCAAGUCGAGGAACGAUGCUUUCGAAUGUGGCGUUGAGUUCCUACUAAUGGACACGGUAACAGCAGAUCUUCCCACACAGGACAUUCCCGUCAAUGACUGGCAGAUUCCUCAAAAUUUAGCGCUAGCCGAUCCCAUGUUCAACAAGAGCCAACAGAUUGACAUGGUUCUAGGCGCUAAGCAUUUUCACUCCUUCUUCCCAAGCACUUCUCGUCUUCAGUUGGCCGAAAAUCUUCCUAUGCUGGUGGACAGCGUAUUUGGUUGGGUCGUCACGGGAUCAGCAAGCAUGGUUCACCCAGCUCAACAGCAAGCUUCCAAUCCUAGCAUCGUCGCAGUUUCCAUGCUGACACUCGAAGAGAGCAUCGAAAGGUUCUGGAAGACCGAGGAACUGACCGUCAGCAAUAACUACUCAAUCGAAGAGCGCCAUUGUGAAGAUUACUAUCAGUCCACCACGUCUCGAGAUACGACAGGCCGAUACAUCGUUCGUCUGCCGCGGAAGCCCGAUUUUGAUGCCAUGCUAGGGGAAUCCAGGACCAGUGCUCUUCGACGUUUCGAACAACUUGAACGGCGUCUCGAUCGGGAUCAGAAAUUGAAGGAGGAAUACCACAACUUCAUGAAGGAGUACCUCUCCCUCGGCCACAUGCGUCUGGUCGAAACGGACGACGGAAUUCACUCCAACACUUACUAUCUACCCCACCACCCCGUGAUGAAGGAGGAAAGUACGACCACCAAAGUGAGAGUCGUAUUCGAUGGUUCGGCUCGUACUUCUACCGGCUUCUCUCUCAAUGAAGCUCUCUGUGUGGGUCCGGUGGUUCAAGAUGACCUUCUCGCUAUUAUCCUUCGGUUUUUGACGUAUCCUGUGGCUCUCGUCAGCGAUGCAGCGAAAAUGUACAGACAGGUACUGCUGCACCCAGAUGACUGUCCUCUGCAAUGCAUAUUUUUCCGGUUCUCCAAAGAUAGCCCCGUUCAAACUUACAUGCUGUUAACCGUGACCUAUGGACUAGCACCAUCCUCCUUUCUCGCGACGCGUACUCUCCAGCAGAUUGCGACGGAUGAAGGCGAUGCAUAUCCGUUAGCUGGUCCAUCAAUACGCAAGAACUUUUAUGUGGACGACUUCAUCGGAGGAGCAAAUUCUAUUGAAGAAGCUGUUCAGCUUCGGGGGGAGCUUUCGGAAUUGCUUGAAAAAGGUGGGUUCGUUUUAAGAAAGUGGACGUCGAACCGCCUAGAAGUUCUACAAGGACUCGAGAACGACCAGAUUGGGACUCAAUCGAGUUUGCAUUUCAGCCCAAACGAGUCCAUAAAGGCGCUAGGAAUUCGCUGGGAGCCAGAGUCCGAUCAACUGCGGUUUGAUUCCCAAAUACAGCAACGUGAAGAUCAACCCACGAAGCGGUCCAUCCUCUCCGACAUCGCUAGGCUAUUCGACCCGCUCGGACAAAUUGCACCUGUCGUUGUCACUGCGAAGAUUCUGAUGCAAGAAUUGUGGUCUCUCUCGUGCGGCUGGGAUGAUCCCGUACCGCAUGCCAUUCAACUGAAAUGGGACAACUUCCGGCGUGAGCUACCGAAGAUCGCAACUUACCGAAUCGACCGUUAUGCAUUCUUGCCGGAGGCUAGAGUGGAGCUACAUACCUUCGCCGAUGCUUCAACAGCUGCAUAUGGAGCAUGCACGUACGUCCGCUGUGAAAACGCCCUGGGAGUGGUGAAGAUUCGACUAUUGGCUUCGAAAAGUAAGGUGGCACCGCUAAAAAGAUUGACCAUCGCCCGACUUGAGCUAUGUGCUUGCGUCUUGGCUGCGCAUCUGUAUCAUCGCAUCAAAGAGUCCAUCAACAUCCACGUGUCAGCAUCGUAUUUCUGGUCAGAUUCUUCAGUCUGCAUAUACUGGCUUCGCGCACCUCCUAGUUCGUGGAAGACAUUCGUGGCGAACAGGGUAUCGGAGAUACAACACUACACUCAUGGUGGCAGGUGGAACCACAUAUCUGGCUCAGAGAACCCUGCCGAUCUCGUCUCACGUGGGAUGUCAGUUGAGGAAUUUGUGAAGAAUGAGGCGUGGAAGCAUGGUCCAUCCUGGUUGGCGCACCCGCAGCAGUCCUGGCCGAUUUCGAAUCCGUCUACCGUCGCAGAAGAAAUUCUGGAAGGAAAAAACGUCGUUGUGUCCGUCCAAACGACGCCCAGCAUCAACCCAUGGUUCCUUCGGUGGUCGUCAUACAAUCGCUUGCUCCAUACAAUCGGAUACUGCCUGCGUUUUGCUGAUAAAACUCGAUCAAAGACCAGAACCCAGCCACUUGCAACCCCUCCAGAGAACGAACUCAGCCGGCAGUCGCUUACCGUCAAGGAACUUGCCAAUGCCAAUGCCCUUCUAGUCCGCUUUGCCCAGCAGGAUGCCUUUCGUGAAGAAACCAGGGAGCUUCAGCGAGGAAAUCCAGUUCCAAAAAGCUCACCAGUGCGUCGUCUAUUCCCGUUCAUAGACCCAGAGAGAAUCUUGCGAGUUGGAGGUCGGCUUAAUCUUUCUCAGCUUCCCUACCAAUCAAAACACCCUGCCCUCCUCCCAAAGAACCAUCCGUUUACUCGGCUAAUCGGCGAGCACUACCAUCGGAAACUUGUCCACGGCGGCGGGCGUCUCCUUUUGUCCACGAUUCGCGAAGAGUACUGGCCCCUGAAUGGUCGUCAGUUGGUCAAAGGCAUCGUACGAAACUGCUUCCGUUGCUCCCGGCAGCAUCCGAUACCCGAACAGCAGCAAAUUGGUCAGCUACCUGCUUCGAGGAUCAUUCCAAGUCGUCCGUUCUCCAACACAGGCGUGGAUUAUGCUGGUCCGUUGUACAUAAAGCCUAUUCACAAGCGCGCCGCGCCCGCAAAAGCUUACCUGUGCGUAUUUGUAUGCUUCGUGACAAAGGCCGUUCAUUUGGAAUUGGUUGGGGACCUUUCCACCCAAGGAUUUCUAGCGGCUUUGCGACGGUUCACCUCAAGGCGGGGAGUCCCAACCCACCUAUAUUCCGAUAAUGGGAAAAAUUUCGAAGGAGCAAAGCGCGAACUGGCCGAGCUAUUCGUCAGAUUUAAGAGCAACAACGAGCAGAGCAUAAUCGCUUCAGCUUGCUCCGAGCAAGGGAUAAUGUGGCACUUGACUCCUCCCAAGGCACCACACUUCGGUGGCCUAUGGGAAGCAGCGGUCAAGACUGCCAAGCGGCAUUUAUUUCGUCAAUUAGGAAGUACACGUCUCACUUUCGAAGCUUACUACACAAUCCUACAUCAAAUCGAAGCCGUGAUGAACUCUCGUCCUCUGCUCCCGAUGUCCGACGAUCCAAACGAUCUUGCUGCACUGACGCCGGCACAUUUCCUCAUCGGAUCGUCUCUUCAAGCCCUGCCCGACCCAGACCUCCAGCACACAUCGGUGGGCACCCUCGAUUACCUCCAAAAGCUCCAGCAACACAUCCAGAAAUUUUGGAGUCACUGGCGGUUGGAGUACCUGCAGGAGUUACUGAAGGACACCAAGCUUGCUGCACGAAACGACGAUAUUCAACCCGGACGAAUGGUCAUCUUAAUCGAUGAAAUGUUGCCGACGACCCGUUGGCCACUUGCCCGCAUUACGGAGGUGCACCCUGGAAGCGAUAAAUUAAAUCGAGUUGUUAGCCUACGAACUGCGAAGGGCAUCAUCAAGAGGCCAAUCACCAAAAUUUGUCUGCUGCCGCAUUCAGAACCGAUUCCCGAAGAAGAACGACGCGAUGAUCCCACCGCUGAUCCGCAUUCCAGCUCAUCAGGAGGAAUUCUCACCUAG